GGGAAGCUGCUAGAAUUGAACAAUGCAAAGGGAGGGUUUUUGCCUUACAAGAUGAACCAGAAGUUGCCCGGGUUUGGUUGCCAAACAGCAAUUCACCAGGCUUAGCCAUGGCCAGAGCUUUUGGAGACUUCUGCCUCAAGGAUUAUGGUUUAAUUUCAGUUCCAGAUAUCUCAUACCGUCUUCUCACUGACAAAGAUGAAUUCAUCGUUCUUGCAACUGAUGGUAUCUGGGAUGCUCUUUCAAAUAAAGAAGUUGUAGACAUUGUUGCUUCGGCGCCAUCUCGUGUCACCGCAGCCAGAGCUGUUGUCGAUUCUGCAAUUAGGGCUUGGAGAUUAAAGUUCCCUACUUCCAAAAUCGACGAUUGUGCCGCCGUUUGUUUAUUUUUAAGCCCUCUGCCGCCCUCAUCCAGCCAAGCCAUUGAAGCAGCAGAUAACGAAGAAAGACGAGGCUCUGUUGAUCAAUCCGCGGCGUCGCUGGAGCAACCAAAUACACUUCACAGUCCCAAUGAGAUCAUUCCUAUAUCAGAAAACCCUAAAUUAUGUAAUGCUCCAGACCAUGGCCAAUCCACAAGAAGACUUGCUGACUGUAUAUCCUCCACAGAAGAAGAGGAAUGGUCUGCUCUAGAAGGUGUAACUAGGGUUAACUCUCUGUUAAAUAUUCCAAGGUUCUUUUCCAGUGACAAGAAAUCCAACGGUCGAAGAAAUCGAUUGUGAAAAGCAUAGUGUGAUUUAGAACUGCUCUGCAAAUUUACGUUGAGCUGAACUGGUUCAGCUUCAGUAUGUUGGCGUUGCAUUUAUUUCUCUAGUAUAAUGCAAAUUUUUUUUAAUAUA